AUGCAAAGCUCUACACAAACAACUCUACAAGAGUAUUGGUUAGGCAAUCCAGCUUCAUCAAAUGGGUUCGAUCUCUUGGAUGUAGAACCAAAUAUCAAUAAGCCAGAAAGCAACCCAAUAGAAAAAGAUCCAGGUACGCAGCGUGCACAAAAACCGCCACCAAUAUAUAGAAACCGCGAUAAGCAAUCGCCAAACAAACUCGAACUCGAAAAUAAUAACAAAAAACAAAAGAAUAAAAUGCAAAGCUCUACACAAACAACUCUACAAGAGUAUUGGUUAGGCAAUCCAGCUUCAUCAAAUGGGUUCGAUCUCUUGGAUGUAGAACCAAAUAUCAAUAAGCCAGAAAGCAACCCAAUAGAAAAAGAUCCAGGUACGCAGCGUGCACAAAAACCGCCACCAAUAUAUUGCUCAACUUACUCUGAUAAUAAUGUACAUGUAGAAACAAGAGAAACUAUGGUUAAAAUAAGAGAUACAACAAUACCGCUAUCGUGGAGUGAUCAAUGCAAAACACCAACAGCUAAUCAUCAUCAAUUGGAGAGUCCGGCAUUAAAGACUGCUUUGGCGCCCUACAACUAUCCGCAAGAAACAGCAGUAACAUCAUGCACGACAGCAACUGGUACUCACUACUCCAUUGUCACCACAUCAGCAGCAGCUCUAAGUUCCACAACAACUUCAUCCACUUCUCCUGAACCAAUCCAUACACCUUCAACUCUCAUUCAAACCGCAACACGUAGUGCUGAAUGUAGCGCACCAUCUACACUGAUCGCAUCGUCAUCACCAAAUAAAAUGCAAAGCUCUACACAAACAACUCUACAAGAGUAUUGGUUAGGCAAUCCAGCUUCAUCAAAUGGGUUCGAUCUCUUGGAUGUAGAACCAAAUAUCAAUAAGCCAGAAAGCAACCCAAUAGAAAAAGAUCCAGGUACGCAGCGUGCACAAAAACCGCCACCAAUAUAUUGCUCAACUUACUCUGAUAAUAAUGUACAUGUAGAAACAAGAGAAACUAUGGUUAAAAUAAGAGAUACAACAAUACCGCUAUCGUGGAGUGAUCAAUGCAAAACACCAACAGCUAAUCAUCAUCAAUUGGAGAGUCCGGCAAUAAAGACUGCUUUGGCGCCCUACAACUAUCCGCAAGAAACAGCAGUAACAUCAUGCACGACAGCAACUGGUACUCACUACUCCAUUGUCACCACAUCAGCAGCAGCUCUAAGUUCAACAACAACUUCAUCCACUUCUCCUGAACCAAUCCAUACACCUUCAACUCUCAUUCAAACCGCAACACGUAGUGCUGAAUGUAGCGCACCAUCUACACUGAUCGCAUCGUCAUCACCAAGAAACCGCGAUAAGCAAUCGCCAAACAAACUCGAACUCGAAAAUAAUAACAAAAAACAAAAGAAUAAAAUGCAAAGCUCUACACAAACAACUCUACAAGAGUAUUGGUUAGGCAAUCCAGCUUCAUCAAAUAGGUUCGAUCUCUUGGAUGUAGAACCAAAUAUCAAUAAGCCAGAAAGCAACCCAAUAGAAAAAGAUCCAGGUACGCAGCGUGCACAAAAACCGCCACCAAUAUAUUGCUCAACUUACUCUGAUAAUAAUGUACAUGUAGAAACAAGAGAAACUAUGGUUAAAAUAAGAGAUACAACAAUACCGCUAUCGUGGAGUGAUCAAUGCAAAACACCAACAGCUAAUCAUCAUCAAUUGGAGAGUCCGGCAAUAAAGACUGCUUUGGCGCCCUACAACUAUCCGCAAGAAACAGCAGUAACAUCAUGCACGACAGCAACUGGUACUCACUACUCCAUUGUCACCACAUCAGCAGCAGCUCUAAGUUCAACAACAACUUCAUCCACUUCUCCUGAACCAAUCCAUACACCUUCAACUCUCAUUCAAACCGCAACACGUAGUGCUGAAUGUAGCGCACCAUCUACACUGAUCGCAUCGUCAUCACCAAGAAACCGCGAUAAGCAAUCGCCAAACAAACUCGAACUCGAAAAUAAUAACAAAAAACAAAAGAAUAAAAUGCAAAGCUCUACACAAACAACUCUACAAGAGUAUUGGUUAGGCAAUCCAGCUUCAUCAAAUGGGUUCGAUCUCUUGGAUGUAGAACCAAAUAUCAAUAAGCCAGAAAGCAACCCAAUAGAAAAAGAUCCAGGUACGCAGCGUGCACAAAAACCGCCACCAAUAUAUUGCUCAACUUACUCUGAUAAUAAUGUACAUGUAGAAACAAGAGAAACUAUGGUUAAAAUAAGAGAUACAACAAUACCGCUAUCGUGGAGUGAUCAAUGCAAAACACCAACAGCUAAUCAUCAUCAAUUGGAGAGUCCGGCAAUAAAGACUGCUUUGGCGCCCUACAACUAUCCGCAAGAAACAGCAGUAACAUCAUGCACGACAGCAACUGGUACUCACUACUCCAUUGUCACCACAUCAGCAGCAGCUCUAAGUUCAACAACAACUUCAUCCACUUCUCCUGAACCAAUCCAUACACCUUCAACUCUCAUUCAAACCGCAACACGUAGUGCUGAAUGUAGCGCACCAUCUACACUGAUCGCAUCGUCAUCACCAAGAAACCGCGAUAAGCAAUCGCCAAACAAACUCGAACUCGAAAAUAAUAACAAAAAACAAAAGAAUAAAAUGCAAAGCUCUACACAAACAACUCUACAAGAGUAUUGGUUAGGCAAUCCAGCUUCAUCAAAUGGGUUCGAUCUCUUGGAUGUAGAACCAAAUAUCAAUAAGCCAGAAAGCAACCCAAUAGAAAAAGAUCCAGGUACGCAGCGUGCACAAAAACCGCCACCAAUAUAUUGCUCAACUUACUCUGAUAAUAAUGUACAUGUAGAAACAAGAGAAACUAUGGUUAAAAUAAGAGAUACAACAAUACCGCUAUCGUGGAGUGAUCAAUGCAAAACACCAACAGCUAAUCAUCAUCAAUUGGAGAGUCCGGCAAUAAAGACUGCUUUGGCGCCCUACAACUAUCCGCAAGAAACAGCAGUAACAUCAUGCACGACAGCAACUGGUACUCACUACUCCAUUGUCACCACAUCAGCAGCAGCUCUAAGUUCAACAACAACUUCAUCCACUUCUCCUGAACCAAUCCAUACACCUUCAACUCUCAUUCAAACCGCAACACGUAGUGCUGAAUGUAGCGCACCAUCUACACUGAUCGCAUCGUCAUCACCAAGAAACCGCGAUAAGCAAUCGCCAAACAAACUCGAACUCGAAAAUAAUAACAAAAAACAAAAGAAUAAAAUGCAAAGCUCUACACAAACAACUCUACAAGAGUAUUGGUUAGGCAAUCCAGCUUCAUCAAAUAGGUUCGAUCUCUUGGAUGUAGAACCAAAUAUCAAUAAGCCAGAAAGCAACCCAAUAGAAAAAGAUCCAGGUACGCAGCGUGCACAAAAACCGCCACCAAUAUAUAGAAACCGCGAUAAGCAAUCGCCAAACAAACUCGAACUCGAAAAUAAUAACAAAAAACAAAAGAAUAAAAUGCAAAGCUCUACACAAAGAACUCUACAAGAGUAUUGGUUAGACAAUCCAGCUUCAUCAAAUAGGUUCGAUCUCUUGGAUGUAGAACCAAAUAUCAAUAAGCCAGAAAGCAACCCAAUAGAAAAAGAUCCAGGUACGCAGCGUGCACAAAAACCGCCACCAAUAUAUUGCACAACUUACUCUGAUAAUAAUGUACAUGUAGAAACAAGAGAAACUAUGGUUAAAAUAAGAGAUACAACAAUACCGCUAUCGUGGAGUGAUCAAUGCAAAACACCAACAGCUAAUCAUCAUCAAUUGGAGAGUCCGGCAAUAAAAACUGCUUUGGCGCCCUACAACUAUCCGCAAGAAACAGCAGUAACAUCUUGCACGACAGCAACUGGUACUCACUACUCCAUUGUCGCCACAUCAGCAGCAGCUCUAAGUUCAACAACAACUUCAUCCACUUCUCCUGAACCAAUCCAUACACCUUCAACUCUCAUUCAAACCUCAACACGUAGUGCUGAAUGUAGCGCACCGUCUACACUGAUCGCAUCGUCAUCACCAAGAAACCGCGAUAAGCAAUCGCCAAACAAACUCGAACUCGAAAAUAAUAACAAAAAACAAAAGAAUAAAAUGCAAAGCUCUACACAAACAACUCUACAAGAGUAUUGGUUAGGCAAUCCAGCUUCAUCAAAUAGGUUCGAUCUCUUGGAUGUAGAACCAAAUAUCAAUAAGCCAGAAAGCAACCCAAUAGAAAAAGAUCCAGGUACGCAGCGUGCACAAAAACCGCCACCAAUAUAUGUAGGUACAAAAUGUGGAAAAUGUAUGGACUCUAACAAAUGCUUUAAAUUCCAUGUCAAAUACUAA